AUGAAACUGAUCAACGUGCACAACCUGAAGCUGGAGGAAUAUGUCGGCAACGAAAUCCCGCCGUACGCGAUCCUGUCGCACACCUGGGGCGCCGAAGAGGUGACGUUUCAAGAGUGGGUGAAUACGCCCAGGCCGACGCACAAGGCUGGGUUUCGCAAAAUAUUGAAUGCGACGCGCCAGGCUGAGCUGGAUGGCCUUGAUUAUCUUUGGGUUGAUACGAACUGUAUCGAUAAGACCAGCAGCGCGGAGCUUUCUGAGAACAUUAAUUCCAUGUUUACGUAUUAUAGCCGGGCGGCGGUUUGUUAUGUGCAUCUUGAGGACGUGUACUGGACGAAGCCGGUUGAUGCGGAACCAUCGCAGUUACACGAUCAGCUGCAGGACAGUCGGUGGUUCACUAGGGGAUGGACGCUUCAGGAGCUUCUCGCUCCCAGGCACAUGGUGUUUUUCGCCGAGCCGUGGGAGCGGUUCGGGACGAAGUCGGGGUUGCUGGGUUUACUCGCCGACAUCACAGGCAUUGAAGAGAAGUUUCUGAGAGAGCCGAAGCAGAUCCUUCACGCUGCCAGUGUUGCGAAGCGUAUGUCGUGGGCGUCGAGGAGGCAGACGACGAGGCCUGAGGACAUGGCGUACUGUCUCUUGGGACUCUUUGGCAUCAACCUGCCUCUGCUCUAUGGCGAAGGCUGGAAGGCGUUUUUGCGGCUUCAGGAGGAGAUUAUCAAGGCGUACAACGACCAGUCUAUAUUUUGCUGGUGCUACAUUGAUGCUCCUGUGGGAUGGCAUAGCUUCCUUGCUCCGAGUCCGCGAUCCUUUGCAGACUCGGCGGACUUUGCUAGCUUUCGAGGGGAUCACAACACAACCAUCGGACCAUAUACGAUUACCAACGCGGGCCUCUCCAUGACUUUACCU